AUGGAUGAAUUUACGGAGACGAAAGAACCAAUUGACAAUGGCGAAAGCCAGGCCAGUUCGCAGACAGAUGAGCUGCCGCCUCUUACGACGACGACCGAGCGCAAGUUGAUGGCCAAGGUUGACUGGCACAUCUUGCCUGCGAUUUGCAUUUUGUACCUCCUCGCGUUCUUGGACAGAGUGAAUAUUUCCAAUGCCGCGAUUCUCGGAUUGAAGGAAGAUUUGGAUAUUGUCAAUGGAACAAAAUACAAUACCGCGCUCACCAUCUUCUUCGUCCCGUAUAUUAUCUUCGAAAUCCCGUCCAACAUUCUCUUAAAGAAGCUCAAGCCUCAUGUCUGGUUGUCGCUUUGCAUGUUCAUGUUCGGUCUGGUCAUGAUCUUCCAGGGUCUGGUCACGAACUGGAGUGGAUUGAUGGCCACUCGGUUCUUCUUGGGUGUCUUCGAGACUGGCAUGUUCCCAGGAUGCUUCUAUCUGAUGGGCAUGUGGUACAAGCGCUCUGAAGCGCAAAAGCGGUUCAGUUUCUUCUUCAGCUCGACUACCUUGGCUGGUGCUUUUGGUGGCUUGCUUGCCAGUGGAAUCGCCAAGAUGGAAGGCAUGCAAGGCUACCGCGGCUGGCGUUGGGUGUUCAUCAUUGAGGGUGUCUUGACUAGCGUCGUCGCCAUCAUCCUGUGGUUCUGCAUUGCGGAUUUCCCAGAGGACGUGAAAUGGUUGAAUGAAGAAGAACGCACAUAUAUGCGCGCAAAGUUGGCCAAGGACGUUGGUAAGGCUGCACACCACGUACCCUUGGGUAAACGCGAAAUUCUGGGUGUCUUCAAGGACUACAAGGUUUUCAUUGGAGGUUUAAUGUACUUUGGAUUGAUUGUCCCGGCGUACAGCUACGCCUACUUUGCCCCAUCGAUUAUCAAGACCUAUGGUUACGAUAACAUCAAGACCCAGCUUUACUCGAUUCCUCCUUGGGCCGUGGCCUUUGGAUUCUCAAUGGUGGUGGCCACCAUAUCAGACAAGAUGCGUCACCGAUUCGCAUUCACUUUAAUCCCAAUGGCCGUGGCCGUUGCUGGCUUCAUCAUGCUUCUCACAAUCCACAACGACACAGCACCGCAGUAUGGCGCCCUGUUCCUACUCACCAGCGGAUGCUACAGCGCCAUGCCCGUCGUGGUAUGUUGGUUCGCCAUGAAUCUCGGUGGUCACCACCGACGCAGCGUGGGAACCGCCUGGCAGGUCGGCUUCGGUAACAUUGGUGGCAUUAUCGCGACUUACGCGUUUGUCCAGAAAAACGGUGUAACCGAUUACCGGACUGGUUAUAUCAUUUGCCUUUCCUUUGUGUGUUUCGCUGCUGUCAUGUGUUUGGUGUACGUCCUCGCAUUGUGGUAUGAGAACCGCAAGCGCGAUAACGCGGCGGUUGACCCUGCGACGAUUCCGGAGGAGGAGGAAGAAUAUCUCGGUGAUAUGGCGCCAACCUACCGGUACCAAUACUAA